GAUCCCGCCGACCUUGCAAGCAUUGUACGAAUGAUACAUAGAGUAGCAUCUUUGAUUUUCGUAUCUUUCCCCAGCAGAAUGUAAUGCAGGCCUAUUUAUAAGGCAAUAUCAAGCAGCCUGGCUGUUCAAGUUUUCCAUGAGCUCCGUCUCUGAUGACAAGAAGGACGGAUUUUCUUUGAUGGUGAAGUUUAAGGCUAUAGAGGAAGAUGGUCGCGAGGGUUGUUAUAUUUGCGGAGCCUCCAAUCCAAAGUGGAAUGUCUAUUCCAAGCCGCAAGAUAACUCAUUUAAAACUCCUUUCUUUCCUUUCCUGGAGUACCACGAAGCCUCAGCCAAUGCUCGGCCGAUGGAGAAUGAAAAAGGAAAAGUUAAUGUUUGUGCUGUAUGUUUUUCUUUCCUGACACAACAAUGGAGGGCCUUCGAGGAAAAAGAAACUCCUUUGGUUAAACGAAUCUACUGGCUUAAAAGACCCGGACAUGAUAUAUUUGAAGCCUUCGAUAACGAUGAUGAUCGUGGAUGUGACUUUCAAAAGAAAACAAGGGACGAAAAACACUCGAAAGUGAAGAUCGAUCCACUAAAAAAUAAAGACACAGAAGACGUUCCAACUCGUCUCGAAGAUCAUAGAGACAAACUCGCCAACGAUCUUCCGUCUUCAAACGAUGAUGUUGAGUCAAUUGUCUUUUCUGACAACAAAAGAGAGUCAACUUUAGAAUUCUGUUUUGUUUGUAGUCGUCAAAAACCAAAAGAAUUCAUGCGAAGCGUGCACACCAGACCCCAACUCAAAACCGAAACUCCGUUUUAUCCAUGUCUUUCUAAACACAGUCCCGCACUGUUUAGCAAAAAGAUGGAUUUUUUCGGAAAAGUGCUGGUCUGUGAAGCUUGUCAAAAGUUUUUAUUUCGCCAGUGGCAGGUCUUUCAAAAGAAUAAUACCCCUCUUGGAGAGAGACAGUAUCAGUUACGGUCUGACCCCUCCCUCCCACGGGAACAACAGUCGCAGCUAUCAACGAUGGUAUGUUUCAUCUGUGGUGUUACACAGCCAGCCACAUCUGGGCGAUUCCUGUAUUCCUCCAGACAAUCAUCUGGUGACCCAUAUUAUCCUUUUCUUAGUAAACUAACACCUCCUGCUGGAGCCAUGCCACUUACUAAGCAAGGAUUGACAAGAGCAUGUAGUGGUUGCCGUAAGUCACUCCAUCGCCAAUGGAAGGAUUUUGAGGCCAGGCACAUACCAGAAGAUAAACGAGAGUAUAGAAUCCGUAAUGAUGGGUUACCAAUAUUAGGAAAAAUUGCAACAUCAUCAUCAUCAUCACUUAUGCCAAGCAUACAAGCUAAUCUUCCUCAACAAUCAUCUCAACUAAAUCCUCCUAGGGUAGUGUGCUACAUAUGUAGUACAUCAUGCCAUGAGUCUGCAACGAGGCCAAUUUAUACCAGAGAAAAUACCAACCCUUUAAAAGAAAGUUUAUAUUUUCCAUUUGUAGCCCUUUUGAAGGCACCAGCAGGUUGCCGCAAGCUAGAUCACAUUGGACAGACAAUAGUUUGCAAGGAAUGUUAUAAGUCACUUCAUAAAAAAUGGGAGAAAUAUGAACAAGAAAGAGUGCCACAGCACAGACGUAUUUACGCAGUUGAUGGCAGUAAUAAAAUUAAGCUGAAAACAUACAGCUAUACAUGUUAUCUUUGUGGAAUCAAGUGUGAUAGCAACUCGGGCAUGAACCAUAAGUUGUUUUCAUGUCCACAUAGUGGAGAAGGAAUACAAGAUGGCGGCUCUUUCUUCCCAUUUCUUGCAUCACGUGAACCAAAACCAAAUGCUGCACCGAUAUCCUCUGGAACUGUGCAAACCUGUGAAAUAUGCUUCAAAAACUUGAUGCUGCAAUGGAAUGAUUAUGAGAACUCUAGUGUCCCCGAGGAAUCAAAUAGGUGGCUACGAUACUACCGUAUUGAACAUGUCAUAUGCUAUAGCUGUGGUUUGUGCACUCCAAGACAUGACUGUCAAACUGUUAGUAAAUCAUUAUUAACUCAAAAGUACCUAUCCUACCCCCCACAGCAAAGUAUUGUAUUGGAUAAAGGCCAAAAUGCUGUAGUUUGUAGCCGUUGCUAUAGAAAGGCUGUCAAAAAUUAUACACCAUCAAACAGUGACAUGCGAAUCCAAUCCAGUACAGGUUGCAGACCAGAUUAUGGCUUAUCAAAUGAGUCCAAGCAAGCACACACCAGCAAUCCAGGAGCAGACUUCAACAAAAAAGUAAUAGUGAUUGACUCUGAUGACAGUGAAGAUGAUAGCCAUUCUGUAGCAAACAACAAGCACAGACCUCUGAGACCUGGACACCGUCAUGCACAUGCUCCAUCCAUGCACUACACAGCGUCAGUUUCCCCUGGAGUUAACCCACAGCCUCCUAGCAAAGACCAUCCCAUCUCUAGCUCCCCUGGUAUGCAGCAACCGUCCACAAGUAGAAGCUUUGCUGCAGCAUUGAGGAAACUAGCAAAGCAAGCCAUGCCUCCAGGAACGUCUUCUCCAGCUACUUCUUCUCCAAGUGGUUCUCAGCCUGCAUCACCUACAGUAUCACAUACAAGCUCUAGAAGCACAGGUGUGUCACCCUCAAGAAAUUCUCCAGCUACAACACAGACUCCACCUCCUCCCCGUGGRGAUGUUACAAGCAAAGAAAGACCAGCCAGUCAUAAUUCAGAAAGAGAGCUUUCAAGUAUUGCUACUCCAGUGAUACCUCCCAUCCCAGCGCUAGAGUCUGAUAACUCCAGUACAAGUGAAACAAAUAGAGUUCCUUCUAGGGGUCCCCACAGGAUAGGAUCUAGGGAUCAGUCAGAAAUGACUGGUCAAUCAAAAGGACAUGAGGUUCUGCCUGGUGUUUUUUCAACAAGACCCAGAUACCCUCCAGAACAAACAAUGUUGUCUGAACACUACAACAGCGACCAUGGCCAUCCAACAGUAGUCCCYUACUAUCUUCAUGGUGUCAGGCCUGAAGUCUCUCUKUUUAUUCCAAGGGCUGGUCCUAUGCCUGGUCCACCGCCUCUUCUGGGCUCCAAGAGGGAUGGGGCAGAUCCACAUGCAGUUGGUCCGUUCUUCCCAGGAGGAUAUCCACCACCAAUGCUUGACUCCCCUGACCUUCAUUUUGAAACUUGGAGACAGCAGAGAGCUGUUGAGCAUUUGAGACAACAACAAGAAAGACAGAAUUCACAGGUAUCAAAGGAGAAUUCUAAUUUUGAUCAGGAUGUACCUCUUCCUUCGCGGUCCGACCAUACCACACCACAAACAAACCCUUCUGACAAGGAGAAGGUAAAAGAAGGAAACACAAAUGAGACUCAUGAACAUGGUCCACAUGGACACAGACUAUUUUACUACAAUGAAAAUAAACCUCCAUCUUGUCCUGUACAUGGCCAUUCUCCUGGUGAAACACACCAUAAGCACCCUCCUGGUAGAACGGACCCUCCAAARCCUGACAGACCAGAAGAGUUUAACAGGAUGUUCCUUCCACCCCACCCUGAUGGAGCAGCCAUGUUACAUCCCUACYURGUGCAUUCAUCAAGAGAUGGACCGUUUGGACCUCAUCAUCUUGGAGAAAGACAGGCUGAACUGUUUAGAGAAAGAGAAAGACAGGAGAUCAUGAUGCAUCAAAGAAUGGUUAUGGAYCCAAGGGAGCACAUGAAAGCACGYGAAGAGGAAUGGCAACGUCGUCAACAGCGCCUUCGYCAAGAGAAGGAAGAACACCAGAGAGAAAUGGUCCAGUAUCGACAUCAGAUUUUACAACAGCAAAGAGAGCUAGAACAGCCUGGUAGAAGAGGGGAUCAGUCAGCACAUGAUCACAGGAGGGCUGAUCAAAGACUUGUUGAUCACAGAGAAAGAAGUGAUAAGAGUCCACACUCCAAUGAAAGACUUAAACCCGACCACCCUCAUGAAAAUGAAAUGUACCGACACUAUCCCUUCCAUCCUGCCUUCCAUCCAAUCCCACAUGACAUAAGGGGAAGACAUCCAUUUCCUGAAUACCACAGAAAGGAGGGGGAUAUACCGAGAAGUGCUAUGGAAGCCAUUAAAGAUGGUAGAAGUCAUCAUCUCCACCCUUUUAGCUUACACGAUCCUCACUAUGCGCCAUUCGCAGACCCGUAYCCAUUCCAUCGUGAUAGCAGAGCACCUGGUUCAUCAGUGUCUGACAGAUUGUUAUCAGACUCCAGGUGGAGCGCACAGACACGACCAACAUUCAUWAAUGGAGACUUGCGAGUAGUAGAAAUGCAUCAGCCUAACUUGGCUACCAAAUUUACUGAAGAACUGAAAUCCCAGCUGAAAAAAGAAGGUAUCGAUACAGACCAGCCAAUCAGGAUUAAAUACCAUGAUAAAGACAAACUUAGGUUUUUGGAAGGCCUAGGUCUGGUAACWCUGGAGAAAAAGAAAGAAUUAACRCAUGGAGAACCGAUUGUCAAGAGAAAAUUUGAGGAAUCACCAGUAAGUGUGUCCCAAGAAGAAAAAACAAGCACUGAUAGUGUUGGACAAAGAGAAGACAAUGAAGGAACAAGUAGUGACGGCACGACUGAUGUUGACAGUGGUACAACUAGUACAGAUACUGAAGCAUCACAUCARCAACUCACUGAGAAAAUCAAGUUCAUGGCUAGACUUGGUCUUGUUCCUCCUCAAACUAGACAUGAAAUGGAGCAGUCAUAUGAAAUCAAGAGAAGUGAAAGAAAGAAAAGGAAAAAGAAAGGGAGAGGAAGGCCAACAAAGCGUUCCAAAAAAGAUCAGGGAAAUGAUACAGAAAAUGGGCACACACCAAUWGAUGCUGAGAAUAUUGGUGGCCCUAUGACUCGCCAAAAACAACAACUUCUAAUGGAACAAGGACUAAAACAAAAUGACAAAAAGGAAAAGAGAGAAGAAAAUGGUGAAGUGAACAAAGAAACAGUUAAAAUUAAGAAAGAGGCACCUGAUGAAUCAACAUCACCUUAUCCAUUCACACAAGAAAAUAAAUACAAAAAUAAUAGUCAAGGGCGUCAGAAUACAAGCCCUUCAGAACAGUUAUCCAAUCGACCACCACCUCGUUUAACACUACAGUCACUAACCAACAUGGAGGACCCCUUUAAUAGUUAUAAUACACCUACAUUUCGACCACCUUAUCUACGACAUACUGGACUAUUAUCUGUGUCUCAAGAUGCUGUUCGUCCGCCGUUAGGUCAGCCAUUACGUCCAGAACCUGUUCAUAGUACAGGAUUAUCUUUAAGUGAACAAGAGACAAGGGAUUAUUUUGCGCAUCAAGGUUCUCCUAAUAUACAUCGUGACUUUAGUAGACAUUUUGGAUUGUUACAAAGCCAGCAAGGCAGCAGUUUUGAUAAAAUGAUACCYGUUCAUUCAAGACCUCGUGAUGUAGAUAUUGAUAAAAAGGAUCUAGUUUCAAGACCUCCUCUAUCAGGGAGAAGAGAGCAUGARUAUAGAUGGCCUGGGGUUGAGAGUGUCAUGAAAUCAUACUUUCUUCAUUCGGGAGACCGCGAUCACGAGGUGAAUUUUCUAAGAGAAAAUGCYGAUUUGCUGAAAUCACAGCAUGCAUCACUAAACGAAGAGGCAAAUAACCUUAGCACACAAAUGACGAAUCUUGUACAAGCCAAGAAGCACCUCCAUGACGAAAAGAAAGCAUGUCGAGAGAACCUAGACAGAUUACACUAUUUUAUGCAAAGCUUUAAGAGAUAGCAGAAAUUAUAUAAGGCUUAAAGCUAUUUUAUUUCUAAUGCCAAGGAUUCAAAUUGAAUCCUGUAUUUCUUAUAUUUCAGUUCUUUGCUUUUAUCAACAGAAAAAACUUUCAUAACGUUAUUCAAAAUACUUUUAGAUCUAUAUAGGUAAAAUAGUGUAUUGAUUAGCUAGCAAUCCCCUUUUACUGACAUCCAUGGUGAAAAUGAUGAAUUUAAUGAAUAUUUAAAAAUUAAAUUAUAAUAAUAUUUAAUAACUAUCCCAGGUACAUAUAUUUUUAGCAUGUUUUUAAUGUUUAUUAUUGUGAGUAUUGGUGAUAUUAUCAAAGUAUUAAAAAUACCAUCUAUUUA